AUAACUGUCAAUUUUGGUUUUAGUCAAAAAGUUGUCAAUCAUAAAAACAAUAUUGGGUGAUAUUCAACAGCAAUAGAAUGGAAAUUUCUUACUAUUUCGAAUUAAUUAUAGCAGAGGGUUUAGAUUAGUUUUUUUAUGGGGGUAACAGCUUUUUUAUAUAAAAAAAAAUGAUUCGUGAAGACGAUCCCCAAUUUCGAAUAACACCUGUCCAACAAAUGGCAUCGGCAUGUUCCGGUGCUCUGAUAACCUCGCUCUUUAUGACACCGUUAGAUGUAGUCAAAAUAAGAUUACAAGCUCAACAGAAAGCACUGCUUUCUAACAAAUGUUAUUUAUAUUGUAAUGGACUUAUGGAACAUUUAUGUCCUUGUGGUGAAGCAGCAUGGAUACCACGGCGUGUUCAUUUCCACGGAACAAUGGAUGCUUUCUACAAAAUAUCAAAAAUAGAAGGUGUUACUGCAUUAUGGUCUGGCUUGAGUCCUACUCUAGCUUUAGCUCUUCCCUGUACCGUUAUCUAUUUUGUGUCAUAUGAACAGCUUAGAUACAAAAUGAAAACAACAUACAAUACAAUAACUGGAAACAUGGGCCAACCAAUGUGGAUACCACUAAUUGCUGGUGCAACUGCUAGAAUGACUGCUGUAACACUUGUUAGCCCAGUAGAACUUAUUAGGACCAAAAUGCAGUCACAGAAAUUGACUUAUUCAGAAAUAUCUAUAGCUUUACAACAAGUUUUAAAAUAUGAAGGAUUUAAAGGCCUGUUUCGAGGACUUAGCUCAACACUCUUGAGAGAUGUGCCAUUUUCAGGCAUUUAUUGGACAACAUAUGAAAAAACUAAGAGAAUUUUCGAUAAACCUGACUCAGAAAAAAAUACAUUUCUAUUUAAUUUUUUCUGUGGUUCAGUUGCUGGAAGUAUGGCAGCUUUUGUGACUCUACCAUUUGAUGUAAUAAAAACACACCAGCAAAUUGAAUUAGGUGAAAAAGAAAUCUAUACCGAUGGAAAAACACGACAACGAGCAUCAAACAUGAAAGAUAUAGCCAAGACUAUUUAUAGGAAUCAUGGUAUCAAAGGUUUAUUUACUGGUUUCCUACCUCGUAUAUUCAAAGUAGCACCAGCAUGUGCUAUUAUGAUUGCAACAUUUGAAUAUGGAAAACAAUUCUUCCAGAAGUACAACUCCCAGCAAUAUAAGGAAAUGAUGCAACGACAAGGUGUAGAUCUUACAAUUAUUAAAAGUGAAUAGUCUUCAAAACAUGAGUUAAGCUUAGCGCUUAUAUGGUAUUUAGACAUCACAAGGAUAUAAUAAUAGUGAGUCAAAGUUCAGGUGGAAAGGAAUACUCUUAGCAAAUGGACAUCAAAAACUUGUAAUAACUCAUGGCUGUAAAAUAUUGUUUAAAAAUAAUAUAAAACAAAAUAUAUAUGUUUACUAUAAGUAGGUGUACAGGAACAAAUGUUAUGUAGUGAUUAUGUAAUUACAUAGAUAUUGUAAUUUGAAAAAUAAUUUAUUGUAUUAAAAGUUUUAGUUGCUUUUACAAAAGAAUGUAAUUUGUAUAAGGUUUUAAUAUAUUAUAUUGUAUAUUCCAAGCUAAAAAUUGCAUUAAAUUUGUUUCUUUAUUGUCUCUGACAGACUAUUGGCAGUGUUAUUAUCAUAUGUACUAAUUAUUAAAGAUGUACAUAGACACUCUUAGUUAAAAAUAUACCUUAGAAAGUUAAAAAAAU